GCAAUGGCACAAACAAGUCGAAUCGGGCUUCUUGUCGAGCUUGACGGUGAUCUGACCGCAAUUACAUGAUCCAGAGAUGGCAUUCAUUUCGCGUGUUUUUCGCUUGUUGAAUGGCGAAGCGAGGCAUCAAGACCCCAAAAACCCUUCCUCAGUGUUCGAGCGCGGCCCGCUGCGGGAGUUUCGCGCCCGGACCGUCCAUCAGCUGACGUCAUGUUCGCGCUCGUCAACUUUGUCAGAGGUGAAGGCUCGCGAUGGUAAUGUCUUUUGCAAUGUCUUGUGGGAAUCCACUUUGCUUUAUAGUUUUUCGUAUACUAUGGUGUGUGGGCGACCUUGGUGGUGGGUACGAUGCACGUGGGAUACCUCCUUAUGCAUCGCACAUGCAAUCGCUAAACAAAUCUCCUCCUGAUCCCCUCUCGAUGCUCUCUCUUCGACAGUGCUCACUUGAAAAGCUCAUCGACAAUCCUGGCCUCUUUCUGUCCAGCAUCGCCCUUCAAGUCCUUGAUGCCCAAUCGUCUCAUGACCUCGACAACCUUCUCCUCACUCAACCCCAUCUCCGUGAACUUCUUUACUGUGCCCCUGUCCAAACCGAAUCUAGGUCUACGCGAACUCACGCUCGGCUAUUGUUGCCCCAAACCAAACCACCGUCCACCACGAAUAAUACAUCUCCAUGAAUGAAUAGGAACUCAUCUAGAAUAAUGACUCGUCUUCUCUCCCUGUAUCACUGCUUCACGUGAC